AUGCAGGCGACUUUGCAUCUAGCGCCAAGACCCUUCUACACUGUACCAGCAGCUAAAAUGUCGACCACCUUGCCACGGAGGUGCAUCCAAAAGUUAAAGACUUCAAGAUGUUCUCCAAUUAGAGCUACUGCACCAGUUGCCAACGACAAUUCAUCAACAGUUGAUUACAGCUCCAUGACUUCUUCUGUUUUUCCAGCUGAAGCUUGCGAGACAAUAGGAGGGGAAGUUUGCGAUGUUGAAAUGUAUCCCGAGGCCAAGCUCAAGCCAGAAGCCAAAAGCACCACUGUUAACUCUGCAACAGAGCAGAUAGAUAGAGAGUACUUAGAGUAUGACGGUCCGAAGACGGUGUUCCUGGAUGAGGCUUGUGACGAUCUAGGAGGAGAGUUCUGUGAGCCUGAGUAUCAGCGUACCUGAGUGCCGAAGACUUCAGUAUUCAUAAAAAUUCUGUGAAUAUGUUUCUUAGAAUAUAUAUUUAUUAAAUAUACUGAAUAAUUAACUGUGAAAUGUAUGUGUGUGUUUUUUCUUUCAAAUAUCAACUAUUUAGCCGUUUCUUUUA